AUGGCCGCAACGGACACAGCAAAACGAUGCUUUUCGAAAUCGCAAGCACCCCUGCUGUUACUGAGUGCCAUGCACCCGGCUGCGCAAAACACACCCCCAGGCUACCACAAUACAACGUUGGGGUGCACGCUCGCCGGCCGUUUUCUCCGGCGACUCCGUAUCACGGACGGCGGGGUAUCUUGUACAUGGAGCGAUGGCCACUUCCGCCACCCGAUCAAAAAGCUCAAGGUCGGGCGAGUUGCCAGCGAUCCCUCAGCGUCCAGACAUUUUGCUGCUUCGACCGCUCAGUCUCCACUGCUGCAGCUUCCGACAGAUCACAAGAUUUUACGGCAAUGGUUGCUGCUUCCCGCCCAGCGGAGUGCGCCCCAGGACCCUCAUGGAGAUGAUGCGCAAGCCAUUGGAAGAGCGAACAAAUUUUGA